AUGAAAUUCUUCACCCUUCUCGGUUUUGUGUCUCUGACUCUGGCGCUUGCCACCAAGCCAAUUGAACGUGAUGCCAAGCAAGACACCAAACAUGCUUCUAUUGGAGAUGUCAAAUACGAAAAGAUUGACAGUGCAGACGUUGGAUCAAUCAAAGUUGCUGGGGCAGAUGUCCAGGAACGAGGUGUCGUGAGCCUUGAGAAGCGUCUUGAUGGCAUUCGUGUUCCCUAUGGCGUUGCAGAUCCUCAACCCCUGCUCCUGGCUGGAGUCACCGUCUCAUUCAUCAUGGUCGGAAAAUGGGUGAGGCAAGGGGGUCAUAAUGUGUACACUUACGUCUGCAACGGUCUUAAAUUCUCGAACCCUACUUCCCGGAACAAGGUCAUCACUGUGGUCGCUAAUGGAGUCGCUCUUAUGAGAAACCAGCCAGUCCCGUCUCAUUUGGCCGCCCAGAUUGGUGCGCCCUCAGAGGGGUAUGGUAACGCAAUUGAUAUCACAAUUGGAAACUCCUAA